ACCGCUAACGUAGGAGUCGCACGCUGUCAGCAGUGCUGUUGAAAAGCAAAACUGGGUUUUAAAUAUAAUACUUAGCAAAGAUACAAAAGAACUGCAGUUUUCUGCGAGGAUAUAGUGCCCAGCGAUGUCUCGUUUCUUUGCGACCGGUUCCGACAGUGAGACUGAGGAGUCAUCCUCAGGAGAUGAGAUCACUCCCAAAGCAACUGGGACGACAUUCACCAAACAGUCUCUGUUGCUCAGUGACGAUGAGGAGGACACCAAGAGAGUGGUGCGCAGCGCCAAGGACAAGAGGUUCGAGGAGCUGACAAACCUGAUCAAGACAAUCCGGAAUGCCAUGAAGAUCAGGGACAUGGCCAAGUGUCUGGAGGAGUUUGAGCAGCUCUGUCGAGCCUUCCUCAAGAGUAAGACUAUUGUGGACAAGGAGGGGGUGCCUCCCUUCUAUAUCCGCCUGCUGGCUGACCUGGAGGACUACCUCAAUCAGCUGUGGGAAGAUAAAGAGGGGAAAAAGAAGAUGAACAAGAACAACGCCAAGGCUCUCAGUACCCUGAGACAGAAGAUUCGUAAAUACAACCGUGACUAUGAGAGCGAGAUCGCCAGUUACAAGGAGAACCCAGAGCAGUCAGCGGAUGAGGAGGAAGAGAAGGAUGAAGGCGAAUCUGGCUCAUCCUCAGAGAGUGAGGGAGCGGGAGAGGAAGGAGAGGAGGGGGGAGUGUCUGUGAAGAGCUUCUUGAAGAAGAAGCCUGCCAGUGAACCACCCGCAGAUGCCAGGAAGUUCCUCAAGGGGGCAGCGGAUGAGGAGUCAGAAAGCGACGAUGAAGAUGAUGAUGAAGACUGGGGCUCAGACACUGUAGAUAGUGGCAGUGAAAGUGAAGACGAUGAGGGGAAGAAUGCGUCUUUGGCCGUCGUUUUCCUGAAAAAGACUCAGGAUGGAGAAAGACAGACAAGUGAGAAGAAGGAGAGGAAGAAGAGACACAAGAAGAAGGAGCGUCAGGAGGAAGAGGUAGAGGAAGAGGGAGGAGAAGAAGAUGGAGGCUGGAAGAAGGUCAGAGGCACUUACCUCAUUGUCAAGGAGAAGCCUAAGAUGUUUGCCAAGGGCACAGAGAUCAACACGGCUGUUGUCGUCAAGAAGCUCAAUGAGAUCCUUCAAGCUCGUGGCAAGAAGGGCACUGACAGAGCUGCCCAGAUCGAGCUUCUUCACGCCCUGGCUGCCAUUUCCAGUGAGAACAACCUCGGAGAGGGCAUCCUGGUCAAGAUCAAAUUCAAUAUCAUCGCCUCGCUCUAUGACUACAAUCCCAACCUGGCUGCCUUCAUGAAGGCGGACAUGUGGAAGAAGUGUCUGGACUGCAUUGACGAGCUGCUGGAUAUCUUGUUUGAUAACAACAACAUUUUCAUUGGGGAAAACAUUGCUGAGGACAGUGAAAACCUGGCCAUCUCUGACCAGCCAUUCAGGGUUCGAGGAUGCAUUCUGACUCUGGUUGAAAGGAUGGAUGAGGAAUUCACCAAAAUCAUGCAGAACACAGAUCCCCACUCACAAGAGUACGUUGAUAAUCUGAAGGACGAGGGACGUGUGUGCGGGAUCAUCGACAGACUGCUUCAGUACCUGGAGAACAAGGGCAGCACGGAGGAGAUCUGCCGGGUCUAUCUGCGCAGGAUCAUGCACACUUACUACAAGUUUGACUACAAGGCCCAUCGCCGGAGCCUGGGGCUACAGGGGGAGACCAAGUCUGAGCAGGACCAGGAGGAGAGUGAGGGUGAAGACAGUGCAGUUGUGAUGGACCGUCUCUGCAAGUUCAUCUACGCCAAAGACCGUACCGACCGCAUCCGCACCUGCGCCAUCCUGUGCCACAUCUACCACCACGCCCUGCACAGCCGCUGGUACCAGGCGCGUGACCUCAUGCUCAUGAGUCACCUGCAGGACAACAUACAGCACGCUGACCCUCCCGUGCAGAUCCUGUACAAUCGCACCAUGGUGCAGCUGGGAAUCUGUGCUUUCAGGCAGGGCAUGAUCAAGGAUGCCCACAAUGCCCUGCUGGACAUCCAGUCUAGCGGCCGUGCCAAGGAGCUCCUGGGACAGGGCCUGCUGAUGAGGAAUAUGCAAGAGAGAAACGCCGAGCAGGAGAAGAUUGAAAAGAGGCGACAGGUGCCCUUCCACAUGCACAUUAACCUGGAGCUGCUGGAGUGUGUGUAUCUGGUGUCUGCUAUGCUGCUGGAGAUCCCCUACAUGGCCGCACAUGAGUUUGAUGCACGACGUAGGAUGAUCAGCAAGCAGUUCCACCACCAGUUGAGAGUCGGGGAGAGGCAGCCUCUGCUGGGGCCCCCCGAGAGCAUGCGAGAACAUGUCGUGGCCGCCAGCAAGGCCAUGAAGAUGGGCGACUGGCGCACCUGCCACUCCUUCAUCAUCAAUGAGAAGAUGAACAGCAAGGUGUGGGACCUUUUCCCCGAGACACAGAGGGUCAGAGAGAUGCUGGUCAGGAAGAUCCAGGAGGAGUCCCUACGUACCUACCUGUUCACCUACAGCAGCGUGUAUGACUCCAUCAGCAUGGAAACCCUCUCAGAGAUGUUUGAGCUGGAGUUGCCCACAGUCCACAGCAUCAUCAGCAAGAUGAUCAUCAAUGAAGAGCUCAUGGCAUCUCUGGACCAGCCCACACAGACAGUGGUGAUGCACCGCACAGAGCCCACCUCCCUCCAGAACAUGGCCUUACAGCUGGCUGAGAAGCUGGGCGGCCUGGUGGAGAACAACGAGAGGGUGUUUGACCUCAAGCAGGGCGUCUAUGGGGGCUACUUCAACAGGGACCAGAAAGGUGGAUACCAGCAAAAGCAGGGGUAUCAGAGAGACCUGAGAGGCAGUUACCAACAAAAGCAAGGUUACCAACGAGACCAGAAGGGUGGAUACCAGCAGAAACAGGGCUACCAGAGAGGCGGCUACCGAAACCAGAAUCAGAAUUCCUAUUGAGAAAUGAAAUCAGCCCAGCUCAUCUUCAUCCCAAAACAAAACUAAUUCCAUUUUAAUUUUGUUGCUGAGUUGCUGUACUUCUGACAUUUGUCAUUUACACAGCUAAAAACAAAGUGCAAAUCCUCCUUUUCCCAGACAUGAAUUUCCCAUUCAGUAACUGGUAUUGUAAAAGUUACUUUACUGAGGAGUGUAACCAUGACUGAAACCCAGAUAUCUACUGUUAAAUUUUACUGGUAAGAGUAACCCUAGCUUGCGUGUCUUUUCAUGGCUCUUUGUGUGUUGAAGGCCCAUUGAAAAGAAUGCUCUUUGAGUAUUUAAAAGUUGUUUCUUUUUACCCCAGCUGGUUAGCGCAAGUCUCAGAUUUAAGGAUGCACAUCUGACAGUUGUGUGAGCAGGAAUAGGUCUCAGCACUGGCAGUCCUGUUGCACAGACGUUACAGUGUAGGAGAAUUAGGAACAUGUCAGUAGUGAGACCUAUUUGUUGACAUUGCAAGAAGAAAAAAAAAUAAAGAUUAUUCAUGAAGUAACUCAAAGAUUGUUGAUUAUUGCCUCACACUUGGAGUGCAGCUUGCAGUGAUCUUAAGAAAAGAUGAUGGGCACAAUAAAAAAAAA